AUGGGGGAGGCGGAGCUGCUGGGCCUGCUGCGCACCCUGGGCGACCGCCACUUCUCGCGCCGCACCGGCCGCGACCUGGCCACCCGGGCGGCCGCCGCCGGCAGCGGGGGCAGCAGCAGCGCCGACGCAGCGGGCGCUGCGGCCGCAGCGGCGCCGCUGGUGCUGGCGGGUGUUGUGUGGCGGGACAUCCGAGAUGUGCUGCUGGCCAAUGCGCUGUUGGUGAGGGGCGGGGCGUUGGCGCGGCUGCUGGCGCAGGAUGAGGACGCGCGGGGAGAGCUGCGGGCGCUGGAGCGGCUCAGCGGCGACCUGCACGGCAGCGGCGGCGGCGGCGGCGGCACGGCUGGCGGCGGCGGCGGCGGGGCUGGAGGCGGCAGUGGGGGCGAGAGGCGCGGGGGCGCCAAGGAGGGCGGACGAGGCAUCGAGCUGCGGCAGCAGGCCUUCCUCAGCAGCCUGGACCUGGCAUCCCCCCGGCAGCGGCUGCUGCUGGCGCUCGACGCCUGGACACUGCGGCUGCACCUGCUGCGCCUCCUCGCGGCCGCUGGUGGGGGCCGGCAGUUCAUGGCCGAUUGGAUGGCGCGGCUGGGGUGGCGCUGGGAGGCCUGCGGCGGCCGGGCCGGUGGCGGCGGCGGCGACGGCGCGCGCGGCGGCGACAGAGAUGGGCACGAGGCCAGCCGCGACGGAGGGCGCGGGCCGGAUGUCAACCCCUCAGGGAUCGGCGCGGUCGAGCCGGCCGCCGGGGCGGCGCGGGACACCGCCGCGGGGCGCAGCACUAGCCCCGCGGACGGUGCGGCCGAGGGCCGGCCGCGUCUGUCCCGCGGCUCUGCAGCGAGCAGCGCGAAGCGCGGCCGCAGCAAGAGCAGGAGCCGGAGCAGAGGCAGCAGCAGGAGCAGCGGCAGCGGCAGCAGCAGCAGCAGGAGCAGAUCAAGGCGGAGAAAGAAGAGCAAGAGGCAGAAGAAGAAGAAGCGGCGCAGCAGGCGGCUGCUGGAGUGGUCCCCCAGCCCCAGCCUUGGGAAUGGCAAUGGAUUAGAGCCAGGAAGCAGCGGCGGCAGCGGCGGCGGCCAGGUGCGGCGCGCGAGCGGGGGAGGGGUGCGACUGAGGUCGAGGGAAGACGAUGUGUUCAGAGUUUGGCCGCCCGACAGCGGCGGCGGCGGCGGCGGCGGCGGGGGUGCGUGCCUGGAGGGGUCUGCGGCGGUGCUGGUGGAGGCAGCGGUGCAGUGGGCCUGCAGGCAGUGGGUGCGGCGCGCCCUGGCGGUGCAGCGGCGGUAA